ACACAUCUAUCGCACAUCGCAGAGCACUUCGCCGAAACUACAGUGAUUGCGACAUGCAAGGAAUGCCCAACUCUGGUCUUCAGCAAUCUUCAAGAGUUGCAGCGACACUACGUGGAUAAGCACGUGACGGCGCUCUACCGAUGCAACAUAUGCGAUCAGACGUUCAAUAACCUGCAGCGUUUCCAGAUUUAUUUGUACAAAAAUGCGGCACAGUGUCUUCUUGGCAUACCAAGGUUUGAGUCCUGCUGUGUCUCGUCAACACUACCUUAUUCGUUUCCAGUCUUGGCACGAUGGAAUAUAGAUAUUAAUUAUGAUGUACAUUAA